CCAAGUUGACUGGCUCUAUACUCGAUAUUUAGAACGAUGCCGUUUGAAGAAGCGCAUUGGCAAAAAGGGUGGAUCACUCUCGACCGAAGCUCAGAUCACCUCACUCUGUUUUGCGAUUACUCUCUGUCGAACGUCAGAUCACCUCGCUCCUUUCUUCUAUUUCUCUCUUUCGAACCUCAGAUCACCGUCCUCUCGUCGCCACCUUCGUCCUUCACUCCCUCCGUUCUUUGAGUUAUCUCUCCAUCGUCUUCAUCCUUCAGCUCAGAACAUUUAGUAGAAAAGGUUGCCACUUUCAGCCAAACGCUCUGGAGGUCUCUCCGUUUUCAGCGACCUACGGUAAUUUCUUCAAUCAAUUUGCUAAUUUCAC